AUGGCGAAAACACAUCGAUUGAUGCUAUCAAUCGAGGUAUUUCAGGUAUUGUUGGAACAUUUGAACAUAAACGGAGACCAGAGCAGGCAGACAUGCGAGAGAGAAAAUGUGACGAGACUAUACAGAGUGAGCCAUUUCGAACUCGAUGUUGAUGCUGAUGAUGAUGACGAGGAUGAUGUUGAUGUUGAUGAUGAUGAUGAUGAUGGUGAUGGUGCUGUCCGUAGAACAAAGACGGGUCCUAGAGGCGGUUAUCUUAUUCCCAUAGCCUCCGGGAAGCGCCAAAUGCAGCCGUUUUCCGUUGCCGCUUCCGUAUCGCCCGUUUCCGCUCCCUUCCGUGCCCGCGCAAUGAAGAUGCAACAAAUUUGA